CCAAGGCCAAGGACUAGAGCACGUGUUUGGAAGGCUUAAAGAUUGCGAUAUCAUUAAGUAAUUUUGCAAAGACAUUCGAAAGGAUUAAAAAAAAAAAAGAGAAGACUGCCAAAGCAGCAGUAUGAAUCGUAGUUACAGCCGAUCCCCAACUCGCAGUCUCAGCCGUAGUCCCCACAGCGCCAUCCAGUCUCCAGAUAUAAUAUGCUUCGAAUACAGGGAGAUGGAAGAGUCACCUGAAACAGCCGAUCUACCCCCGAGGGAGGUGGUAACUCCUGAAAAAAAAUUCAAGACUGGUGUCAUUACGCCCCCAACUCAUUUUGAGCCUCGCGAAAAACCUGAGGCAUCCCCAGUUCAUACCGAGAAUGGUUUCGCCGUCUUGGAGGAGUUCCUCAAGCUGAAGGACCGAAAUCCAAUAGCCAAACAAACGUCCGAUGGUGAAAAUGAUUAUGAACUGGCUAAUCUUUCUGCCUUUUUGGGGUUUCAAGAGGAAGUUGUCAAUAGGACUCCGAUUCAAGAGUCGUUACACGAAGAACAGGAAGAAGAAAUUUUAAUGGAAGUGGAUGGCCCAAUGAAACGACGUCGAUCAGUGACUCCCCCGGAAAAUGCUAUUGAUUCUACCGAGACUUUGCAGACUUUUUCUACUCAGCAGAGACAGCCUGUAUCAAGUGAAACGCAGGACCCUGAACAAUCGAUUUCUCGCCAAAAGACCAGCAUUGAUCUCAAAAACGUCAACGGCGAAUUUCACCAACUUUUGAAGGGGCUCUACAAAGGAAUGGUCUCGUUCACAAAGAACAAUGAAAAGACAGUACUCCCUGAACAAUCGCUUCCUGGCCAAAAGACCAGCGUUGAUCUCAAGAACAUCGACGCCAACUUUCACCAACAGGUGAAGGAGCUCACCAUCGAAAUGGACUCGUUCAUAAAAAACAAUGAAAAGAAAGUACUCCCUAAACACUCGCUUCCUGGCCAAAAGACCAGCGUUGAUGACCAAAAGACGGUAUCAACUCAGACGCAGGAACCUGAACCAUCGCUUCCUCGCCAAAAGACCAGCGCUGAUGACCAAAAGACGGUAUCAACUCAGACGCAGGAACCUGAACCAUCGCUUCCUCGCCAAGAGACCAGCAUUGAUCUCAACAAUAUCGACGCCAACUUUCACCAACGGGUGAAGGAGCUCUACACCGAAAUGGACUCGAUAAUGAAGGACAAGGAAAAGACGCUACUCCCCGACUUUUGUUCUUAUUCUGAUGAGCGGGAGCGCAUUGAAACGGAUUUGAAAACGCUGGAUAAGCUAAUAGCUCAAAAAGAGGAUGAACACAACCGGCUUUUGCAUUUACGAUGCGUUAAAGAAGAGCUGCGUGGAAGACUGGAGCGCAAGCAAAUCGAGUCGGUAAUCAAAGACAUGUUACCUCCACUUUUGUCAAAUUCAUGCAGCACCGUGGAGCUCCAAAAGUUCCAUUCAAUGCUUUUAGAAGAAGGAAAGGCGCCGAUACCAUCUAUAAAUGGACUUCAGGCCGUUGAGCGUUGCCUAACCAGCAUGGAGCAAAACCAGACUACUAUCCGACUGCUUAAAGGGGUCCUAGGGAUAAAGCAACAAGAUCCGCCGAUUUUUCGCCAAGUCCAAAGUCCAGACCUUCGGGAAACGAAGGAAGAUCGUCCAGGGAAUUCACGGGAGCAGAGCAGCGAAAUACCUCCAGCUAAAAAGCGGGCCAAGCUUGGCACGGAUGUUAAGUCCUGCAACUACUGUGGAAGCCGCGAAGGCGUCUUUAAGUGCACCAUAUGCCAGAAUCAAUCUUACUGCAGCCCUGAGUGCGAGAUGCGCGACUGGAACUCGCACUGGAAAACGUGUGUCAAGUAGAUCGGCCCUAGGAGUAUUACAUCGCAUAUGCCCAGACUUCAUUAAUCAAAUUCAUAGUCACUCAUGAUGAUGAAGUGUAAUUUGUACUCAUCUCAGAAAUAAAUCAAAUACUUCAAGAUCGUA